GUGAACUUGUGGAGUGACUCCAUUGAGGUGAACUCAUGGAGUGGCUCCAUUGAGGUGGGAGUGACGGCGCUGGACCCCGCUGAGCUGGAGUUCCCCAGCAGCGCCACGGGGCUGCGGGGGGGCUCCUGGGUGGUCUCGGGCUGCUCGGUGCUGCGCGACGGCCGCUCCCUGCGCGAGGACUUCGGGCCCGACCUGGACGCGCUGGGGGAGGGGGACAGGGUGGGCGUGCAGGCCACGGCGGGGGGGGAGCUGCGGCUCUGGGUCAACGGGCGCGACUGGGGGGUGGCGGCCGCCGGGAUCCCCCCCCGGGUGUGGGCGGUCGUGGAUCUCUACGGCAAGUGCACCCAGGUGACCGUGGUGCCCCCCGAGGUGAUGCCCCCUGCCCCCCAGCCUGAGGUUUUGGGAGGGGGAGCCGCCCUCCUGCCCCCGGAGCCGCCGCCGCUGCUGCCCACAGAGAGCAACGGGGUGGCCGUGGGCAUGUCCUAUCCCGAGGAAUGUGGCCUAUUGAAACACCCGCUCUCAUAA